AUGGUUAAGUUAUUAAGAAAGUAUUUAUAUAAUAAUUGAAUUUAGUUAGAAUAUUAAAAUGGAUAUUCAAACUUAAUAAUUGAAUGUAUAGGUAGCGGUCAGAGUUAGACCGUUAAGCAACAAGGAACUAAAUGCUAAGGAUGAAUGUUGUUUGAAGACUGAGGACAACAGAGUAUUAAUUACAAUGAAUUUAGAUAAUUUUGCCACAAAAUGGAAAAAUCUUUACUUUUGACCAUGUAUUCAAUUAGAAUUCCAAUUAAGAAGAGAUUUUUGAAAGGUAAAGACUAGAAAUUCUAAAUGUAGUUGUGUAACCAAUUUAAUCUUAAGAUGCUUUGAAGGAUAUAAUAGUACAAUAUUGGCAUAUGGCCAAACAGGCUCUGGGAAAACCUUUACAAUGGGAACAUCAGGUUUGGAUCAAUAUUCUGGUUUAAUAUUGUGAUUAAUGCAUAGACUAAAAUGAAUGGGGAAUGAUACCAAGAGCAGUAUAUUUUUUAUUUGAUGAAGUGGAGAAGAGGAAAUAAGAAUAGGACAUAAUUAUUACAUGUUCAUACGUAGAAUUAUAUAAUGAAUAAAUAAUUGACUUGCUAAAUGAAUCUACAAUGAAAUCAAAUUUAUAACCAACAAUAAGAGAGGAAAAGGAUCAUACUAUUUCAAUUCAAAAUUUGACAACAAUAGCAGUAAUCAAUCCAUAGGAUAUGCUUCAAAUAUUAAAUAAAGGAGGAACGCAUAGAACAACAGCAGCAACUCAAAUGAAUUUAAAUAGUUCAAGAUCCCACGCAAUAUUUACAAUUUAUUUUGAAAUUAACCGGGAAUCUGAGGAAGGGUCUUUGAGUGCCAAAUUCCAUUUUGUUGAUCUAGCUGGCAGUGAGAGACUAAAAAAAACUAUGGCUAUAGGUAAGUAGAUGGAAGAAGGAAUUAAUAUAAAUUAAAGUCUUUUGGUGUUAGGAAAUGUAAUUAAAACAUUAAGUGAUUAAAAAAAAUCAGCUCAUGUUCCAUAUAGAGAAAGUAAGUUAACAAGGUAUGGAAAUAUAUUUUAAAUAAUUAUAUAGAAUUCUACAAGAUUCCUUGGGAGGUAAUUCAAACACUUACAUGAUAGCCUGUAUUUCACCAUCAGCUAGUAAUUACGAAGAAACAAUCAAUACUUUGAAAUACGCUAGUAGAGCUAGAGAAAUUAAAAACAAGCCUACCCAAAAUAGAGUAUUUUGAUAUAUUUAUAUAUAAGGAUCCUCAUGCUGCUUAAAUAUUGAUAUUAAAACAAUAAAUAUUUGGUCUUUAGGAUCAAAUCAAACAAUACUCUUAAAUACUCUAAGAGAAUAAUAUCAAUACAGAUUCUAUAAAAUCAACGGCUAUUUAAAUUUAUGAGUCAAUUUCUCCAAGUUCUGGGCCAUAAUAAAAUUGCUCAGAACAUGGAGAGACUAUUCUUAAAUUAAAGAAUUAAAAUUAUCAAUUAGAAAAACAAUUAAAUAGUUUACAAAAGGAAUUGUAGAAUUCUUAAAAGGUUUUGAGUGAAAGUAUGUUAGAAUCUUAUAAAGCAAAGAAAUAAAGAGACUAAAUUAUGAAGCAAUUUCAAGAUGCAAAGAAGUAGUGUGUUAAUAUAUUUUAGAAUUUUAUAAAAAUACAAUAUCUAAUACAAUUUUAAUGAGGAUCAGCAGAUGGAUACAUAUUAUAAUGAAAUAGCUAGUUUAAAGAAGGUUGUAUAAGAACAAGAGCAAAGAAUAUUCCUCUUAUAAUCUAAUAAUGAUUAGCUAUUAAAAGUAAUGUAUUUUGAUACAUAACUUAGUACAGGAAGCACGCAGAGAUCAAAAGCUAUUGAGAUAAAAACAACAUGAAUUAAUGAGAUUAGAAAAGCAAAAAUAAGAUGUAGAUUAAAUUGAUGACGAUUUUGAAUUAGAUGAUUCUGAAUUAAUUGAAAAAGAUCUUCAAAUUGAAGAAUAGGAGUAGCAGCUACAGGAACUAGAUAAAAUAAAAAUUGAGACAAUUUAAUUAUUAUAAGAUGAUAAGCAAAACUAUUUAAAACAAAUUUCCAUUUUAGAAGAGGAGAAGGCUAAGCUAUAGAAGCAAUUGAAUAAUAAGUAGGAUUCUGCUUAAAUGAAUUCACUUAAAUUAAAAAUAUAAGAGUAUGAAACUAAGAUUUUGGACAUGAGAUAAAAAGAAAUGACAUCCAAAUAAUUGUAAAAGAAGUUAGAAGAUUAAGAAUGUUAAGUAAAAGAACUAAGAACUAAUAUUGAACAAAUGAAAAAAUAGAAAGUUGAUCUGAUUAAGAAAAUGAAAUAAGAGAAUGAGAAAUACAUUAAAGACAAGGAGUAAAAGCAUAAAGAAUUGAUUUAUGCCAAAAAAUAAAAAAUAUAGUAAGAUACUUUAGUAAGUAAAUUGAAAAAUGAAAAUACAAAGAAAGAUGUUUAAUUGAAAAGGAAGGAAGAUGAAUUAUAGAAAUAAAAGAAUGAAAAAUUGAUUGUCAAAUAGCAUAAUCGUUAUAAUCCAAAUAAAUCUUUAUAAUAUGACACAUUUGAAAAAUAAAUUGAUGAUUUGUUUACAGAGUUAAUUCUUGGAGAAUAGGCUGAGGAGUAGAUAACAAAAGAGUACUCUAAAUUAGAAGAACUUUAAGAAGAAUUAAGAUAAAUUGAAGUUAAGAUAUGUUCAUUACAAAUUAAAAUUGAUUAAAUUCAAUUUGAUAUGACCUAAAAUAGUGCAGUUUGUAGCAUUGAAAAUGUGUAAUAAUUUGAAUUAGAAUUAAAUGAUUUUUAGUAGAAAAGAGAGAAUAUAUCAGAAACUAUAGAAUUCUAGCUUAAAAAAAUAGACGAUUAUCGAGUAAUUUGUUAGAAAGCUAACGAUUACUACACCAUAGUUUUAACCAAUUAGUACUUCAAAGAUUUACCGAAUUGGUGUACAAGGUCAUUCAGGUAUGUUAUUGAUAAUUGGGUUAAAGAUCAUUAUUAAAUGACUUUAUAUGCCCAAUAGAUAGAGGAAUUAAACUAAACAAAUUAGGAACUCAUUAAUGCUAAGCCUAGUCCUAUUAAAAAAUCAAUUAGAUAAAAUACUCCCAUAGAUGAUCUCAAAAGGCAGAUAAAUGAAUAUAAAAGAAAACUUUAAGCAUUAUAAAACUAAUAUCGAACCACAAGCAUAGAAUUAGAUUAUUAUAAAAACUUUUAUAGUGAAUAAAUAAAUAAAUAAUAGAAAGAUAAAUCAAUAGGAAUAAGUUAAUAAUUAUAGCAUUCUUAAUCAUUCCAUUCAAUUAGAAAUUCAAUUACUAAAGAAUAAAAACAAGAAUAACUACCUUUGGCUUUGACCCAUGUAAAAUCGUUCGGAUAAUUAGGAUCAGGCAUGAGAAUUAGAAAUUCUGUAUCAUAACAUUGGAUCACUGAAUAGUUAAAUUCGUCUCAAGAGAUUAUUAAUUAUGAGUAAUUAUCAAUAUAAUUUUAGUAUUGUGAAAACUCUUUAAGGUCAUGAUCAACCAGUCCUAUCUUUAUAUACUAAAGAUAAUAUUUUGUGUUCUGGGUAGUAUAAAUAAUUUAAAGUUUGGGAUAUAGAAUCUCAAUAACUGAUUAGUACAAUCGAUUAAAGUAAUCACUGUAGAUCCAUCUAUUAUUGGGCUGAUAGAGAUGCUUUUGCAGUUUCACAUGGAUCUCAAAUAUCUUUAUAUGAUCCUUUAACAUUGAUGUGCAAAGGGUUACUUAAGUCUUCCAUUGAAGAAAUCAAAUCAAUUACUAGCAUCAAUGGAUUAUUGGUGGCAGCUGGAAAAUCGAUCAAUUCUAAUGCCUUAAAUAUUUGGGAUUCUAGAUAAAAUACGUAUUUUAAUAAGACUAUUUAAGUAUUCUGUACGAAUUCGAAAAAGGUUCUGAUAUUCUAAGUCUUUAUGGUUCUGAUGAAAAUUCUGAGUUGAUUUAUGGAACUUUGAAGCAUUAUACUAAAAGAAUUCCUUUUAACAAAAAUAAAUAUAAUCAAAUUUAAUAGUUAUAGCCACCUUAAUUAGAUAAAGUAAAUGGAGUUGCUUCUUUUGGUGACUAUAUAGUGAGUUGGUAAGACAUUCUAAUAAUGAAUUAGUUCUCUGAGCAAGAGAAUGUUGCUCUGGAAUUAGCAAACAGGCUUAGAAAUUACAACAAAUGAUAGCAUUCAUAAGGAUUUAAUUACAGCUUUAACAAGUACAUUGUAUAUUCAUCUCUAGUUGAUAAAAGUCUAAAAUUAAUUUACACAGCUUCCAAAGACGGUUAUGUUAGGGCCAUAAAAGUUAAUGAAGAUGGAAAAUUCUAGUUACUGCAUGACAUUACUGCUUCAAAUGUAUUAAUAUUCUAAUUGUUAGUAAUAAAUUAAUGCUUUGCAUGUCAUCUAAGAUAAUCAUUUAGUUAUAAGUGGAGGAUAAGAUAAAUUAAUUAAGAUAUGGAAACCAUCAAAAAAUUUAUUGCAAAUGUAAAAUGCGAUUGGCGAGUUUAUUGUUGAUGAUUAAAAUUGA